CCCAAAAUCAACCACCCAAAUCCCUAAUCCAUCCCUAACCCACCCCAAAAUCAAACCCAAAAUCCCUAGCCCACUCCAAAAUCAAACCCACCCAAAUCCCUAACCUCAACCCAAAAUCAAUUGCGAGCCACCAUUGUCAUCGGCCACCCACCCAUCUGCUCACCGUUUCUUUGCCGCCGGCCACCCAUCUGCUCACCGCUUCGCCGCAGGUUACCCAUUUUCUCAUCGCGCGACUACCAGCCACCCAUCUGCUCCUUUCGACCGCUGAAUCUCCUCCUCAUUUCUCUCUCUCUGUCUCGACCGUCGACCACCAUCCAAGCUUCUCCUACUCGCGACCGUCGGCUAAGCUUCGUCUCCGCCAGAUCGAGUCUUCGACCAAACUGGUAAGUUCGACCAAACCCACAUGCAAACACACAAACACGCCUCUCUCUGUCUCGCCUAGAUUUUUCUGCAAAACCCACACACGCGAUCUCCUCUCUCUGUUGUAUGAAACUCAAAUCCAGCCCCCCCUCUACACACACACACACUCUCUGUAAUUUAUGACCGCCUCUAUCUCUCUCAGAUUAAUGUUGAGCAUAGUAGAUUGUAUUAUGAGACUUGAGCAGCAUGAGUUAAUUAUGGAUGUGCCGAUUCGAGUAGCACAGGAUAAGGGUGAUAGUGAAUCAGAUGAGCAACAAAUAAAUUUAGCCGGAUGUGAUUUCCACGAUAGUGAUGGUGAUGUUGCUGAUUUGUUUUGUGAGAAAGGUUUUGGAGGUGGUACUGAAAAUACUGAUCCACUAAAUUUUAAUAGUGCACUUGCUAGUUUCGGUGUUGGAACAUCUAGGAUAUUAGCUGAGACACCUAGGUUGACUACUUCGGAUUACGAAGAUAGUGAUGAGUUGCUAAGUAUGAAUGGGUCUGAUGAAGAAUGGUGUCAACCUAGAUUCCCAGAAUUUAAUGAGAAAACUGACAUGCAGAGACCAAUUGAGCUCAAAGUUGGAACGAAGUUUGCAGAUUUCAGAGUGUAUAGGAAAGCAUUAAAGCAAUAUGGUAUUGACAAUUGGAUUGAGUUUAGAUUCAUAAACAAUGAAAGGGCUCGGAUUACAGUGGAAUGUGUGAACAAGUGUGGGUGGAGAAUACAUGCUUCACCUACACAAGAGAAUGAUGCUUUUCAAAUAAAGAGCUUCCAUGAUCCUGUGCAUAAUUGUGGGUGGAUGAGAAACAAUUCUAGGGUCACUGCAUCAUGUAUGUCAACAAAUACAUAGACAACAUAAGAGACCAACCAGAUUGGAAGACCUCUGCCUUUGCUAAUCAAGUGCAAAGAGACCAUAAUGUUGAGGUAUCUAGAUUCAAAGCAUAUCGAGCGAAGAAGCAGGCGAUUGCUCAAAUUGAGGGUAUUAAUUUGGGACAAUUUGCUAAGGUUUGGGACUAUUGUGCUGCAAUAAGAAAACACCAUCCUGGGAGAACAAUGAUGGUGCAAUCAAAUAUGCGUGUUUUCCAAAGAAUGUAUGUCUGCCUUCAUGCAUGCAAGAAGGGCUUCUUAGCCGCAUGCAGGCCAAUCGUGUGCGUAGAUGGGUGUUUUUUGAAAGGUCGGUUUGGGGGCCAACUGUUAUGUGCGAUUGCAAAAGAUGGUAAUGAAAAUAUGUACCCCAUAGCAUUUGCUAUUGUUGAAGCUGAAACAAAGGAUAGUUGGCAAUGGUUUAUGAAAUUAUUGUUGGGGGAUAUUAGGACAUUUGAUGACAAAGGAUGGGUCAUAAUGUCAGACAAGCAAAAGGGAUUGGAGUAUGUUCUAAAGGAAUAUGGGUGUGAGCAUAGGUUUUGCGUACGCCAUUUGUAUGCCAAUUUCAAGCUGGAAUUUAAAGGCAAAAGUUUGAAGGAUGAGCUAUGGAAUGCAGCAAGGGCAUCAACAACACAUGAUUUUGAGUCUCAUAUGGCUCGAAUUAAGAAUCUUGAUUGUCAUGCAGAAUCUUGGCUGAGAAAUAAGUUACAACCGUGGAUGUGGAGUAGGCAUGCAUUCGAUCCCAGGGCAAAGUCAGAUAUGCUACACAACAACCUGGCUGAAACCUUCAAUUCCUUUAUACUUGAGGCAUGGGAUAAACCAAUAUUGACAUUGUGUGAGACUAUAAGAAGAAUGUUGAUGAACAGGUUCAUUGCAAAGAGGGAAGGGAUGAUUAACUACAAAGGGCCAAUCCGUCCUCGAAUACAAACCAAGCUAGAGAUGGUGAAGAAGCAGGCCUCGGAAUGGAUUAUUGUUCCCUGUGGAGAUGGUAGGUUCGAGGUGGAGAAUGCAUGGAGAACUAGGAAGUUAGUUGACUUGAAUCAAAAGACUUGUACUUGUAGGCAAUGGGAUCUUACUGGUAUUCCGUGUUCCCAUGCAGUGGCUUGCAUCUACAAGAUGAGAUUGGUUCCUGAAGAUUUUGUUCAUCCUUAUUACUCCAUGGAGACAUUUCGAAAAGCCUAUGCACAUAACAUAGACCCAAUACCAGGGGAGGAAGAUUGGCCUAAAACUAAUCAAAACCCACUUGUUGCACCAAAGUACAACAAUGGACCUGGGAGACCAAAGAAGGCUAGGAAGAAGGCUGCAGAUGAACCAAUCAACCCUUAUCGAGUUAGUAGGAAAGGGCAGUCUCUUAAGUGUGGGAAUUGUGGUGCAGUGGGCCAUAAUGCUAGAGGAUGCAAGGGCGUAGUUAACCCGAAUAGGAAAAUAAGGAAGAAGAACCAAAAGGCCACUCCUCGAGCCAGUCAAGAGAGUGGCAUUGUGGGCUCUACAGCCCCAACCCCAUCACAGCAGUCAAUGUUUUAUGCAGCAUCCUUUACAGCCCCAACCCCAUCACAACAGUCCAUGUUUUAUGCAGCAUCCUCUUCAUGUAAGAACAAGAAAAGGAUCACAAAGAGAAAAAAAAAAAGCCAUAACAAAUAUCAAGAAGGAAAGGAAGCACUUUAGUGUAGGGCGUAGUUUUUGUGCAGGGUGUAGUUUUUUUUAUGCUGUUAAGCAUAAAUGCGCUGUAAUUGGCAUUUUAAGUGUUGUAAUUAGAGGGUUUUUUGACUGUUGAAUUCUAGUUUGUUGAAUUAUAGAUGUGUUUGAAAAUGUUUGAAAGUGAUAAUUUAUCUGUUAAUGACACUGGGUUUUGUUUGAAAUGUCUUAGGGCACUGUGGGUUCUAUUUGAAAUGUCUUAG